UCCCCACGGCAGAACCUGGUGGAAGAGGCCAUUUUGAGCAGCUCCAUGGCGAAGGAAUCCAACAGGGAGGAAAAGCCCUGGAGAUCCCACAGGAGGAAGGGCUGCAAAUGCAGCCCAGGGAGCUCUGAGGAGGAAAGACCCACCCUGUGCCGGGAAGGUGGCCGGAGAUCCAGCCAGAGCUCAAACCUGGUGGUCCAUGAGCAGCUUCAAACUGGGGAGAAACGCUACAAGUGCUUGGAAUGUGGGAAGAGCUUCAGCCGCAGCUCCCACCUGAUUUGCCACCAGAUGAUCCACACUGGGGAAUGGCCCUACGAAUGUGGGGAGUGUGGGAAGGGCUUCAGCCAGAGCUCUGAACUUCUCCGCCAUCAGAUGAUCCACACUGGGGAACGGCCCUAUGAGUGUGGGGAGUGUGGGAAGAGCUUCAGCCGGAGCUCAACCCUGAUCCGCCACCAGAAGAUCCACACUGGGAAGAGUCUCUACCAGUGUGGGAAAUGUGGGCAGAACUUCAGACAGAGCUCUGAGCUGAUCCUCCACCAGAGGAUCCACACUGGGGGGACGCCCUACGAGUGUCCCAAGUGUGGGAAGAGGUUUCAGACAAGCCACAGGCUCCUCAAGCACCAGAGGAUUCACACAGAGGAGAGGCCCUUCCGCUGCCCUGACUGCGGGAAUGGCUUCAAUUCUAACUCCACCCUCAUCACCCACCGGCGCAUCCACACUGGGGAGAGGCCCUACGAGUGUCCCGAGUGUGAGAAGAGGUUUCAGACCAGCUCCAGUCUCCUCCUGCACCAGCGUAUCCACACGGAUGAGAGGCCCUUCCGCUGCCCUGACUGUGGGAAGGGCUUCAAGCACAACUCCCACCUCAUCACCCACCGGCGCAUCCACACCGGGGAGAGGCCCUACGAAUGUUCUGAGUGUGGGAAGAGCUUCACCCAGAGCUCAGCCUUGACCAGACACCAACAGAGGCACCGGUAAGUGAAGCCCUGCAAGUGCCCCGACUGCGGAAGAGCUUCGUGCACUGCUCCAACUUCAUCCCCCACUGAAGGACCCACAUUCCCUGUGUCCUUGUUGGGAAGAUACCUGGCUGGUUGUCUCCAUAUCCUUCUGGAUCCCCAUAGGCACCAGGGAAGACGAUGUCUGGGAGGAUUUGGGGGUUCUGAGGGGAGAUGGAAGAGUUUUCUCCAUCACUUUGCACUCCAGAAGAUGAGAGGUCUCAAUCUGUCACCUCACAACCACUGAAUCUCAGUGGAAAAUGUUCAGUUCCCACUCCAAAUGGCUCAGUCACAUUCCAAAAGUACUUGACCCUACAGCCCCCUCAAAAUCCCCAGGAGGGGCUGGAUGGGCAUUCAGAGGGUCUGGACGGAGUGGGAGGUACGUUGUGGAGGGGUGGGCAAUGGGAGGGGGGCAGGGGUUUGGAAUGAAGAGCUGAAGGCUGGGGAUGAUGAGGCCGGGGGAAUCUCCUUUCUGGGUAUCCCCCACAUCUGAGGGCAUUUGGUUUAUCCCCAGUUCCUGAGGGGUUUUUUGGGUACCCCCCGAUCCUGAGGAGGGGAUACAGGGAGACAAGGGAUGACACGUGGCUCUGGCACUUGGAGUGGGCACCACAGGGAGGGACAUGGGGAGCCCAUUUUGGGGAAGAUCCUGAUGCUUUCUGCCAAUUUUGGGGGCUAGAAAUGGCUUUUGGAGUUUUUCUGCUAAUUCAGGAAGCUGAGGUGACACCCCCUCCUCAUUUUCUGAUGGUGAGGAGAUGCCGUUUUGGAGAGCAUCCUGCUGCUUUCCCCCAACCUGGGGCAGGGAUAUAAAUGGCUUGUGGGCCCCGUGCCUCAUUUUGGGGGUUGGGGUGACCCCACGGUUCCACCGGUGUCUGAGGGAGGGUUAUAACUCUCAGUUUUGGUGGUUAUAAGCAGCUUGUGGGGGUCCCACGUUUGAGGGAGGCCCCCAGCCCCCACCCCAAAGCAGCCUUUGGCCAG